AUGCAAUUACGCUCUGAGUUUGUUGGAUUAAUAGCACUUGAUUUGAAGGGGUUGAUAGACGUUCAACAUGAUGUUACGCGCUUGCUGGAGAUAAAGAUUCAGAAACUUGGGCUUGCAGGUUUCAAAAGUGAGAUGGGGAACAACACCUUUGUGACUUUGAAGUUGGAAGAAAAGCACGAAAAACCAGACUUCAAAAGUGAAGCGGUUAAGUUAGAAGGUGAUGAGGAGAUCGAGGACUCCUUUAAUGAUAGCGAAGAGUUUAUUCUGACGCAGUAUGAAGAGAAAUCCACAGUACCCGCCAACAGUACCGUUGAAUUAGGUAACGCGUUUAGCUCACCCCUCAAAGAUUCCAUGGACUCUCAACCGAAAAAUAUAUGUCCUUCACAGAGCACUGAAAUAUAUGUGGAUCCUGUUGUCGAAGCAAACAAUGUCAUUGCAGGGAAACCAGAAAGGAAAGAGAAAAUCGAUUUCUGUAGUAAUCCUUUGACAGGGAAACCUUGGAUUUUGGAGGAUUUCAAACCCAAUCACGAUAUGGCAAGCGUUAAACGCGGUAGGAGGAAACUUCAACAGUUUUACGCCAAAGUAGGGAAACCAGACAAUCAUCUCACUACUACAGUCAUAGAUGAUGAUGAAAAUAGCAUUGGCGAUGAUGGAGAAUUUGCAUUUGACAACUUGCGAACCAGGUCCAGAUCACCGCCAGGGUUUGGAAGAAUGGAUUUUCCCUCAACACAAGAAAGAACUACGGACAAGGUAAAGUCCCAGCGCAUCAUCUACAGGAAAACUCUCCAUAGGUUCUUACAAGCAGUAAACAACAGAAUCCCCCCACAAGAGCGAGAGUAUAUAUUCAAAAAGGACAAACUGAAUGAGUUGGUCAACGAAGAGGGAUGCCAGUGGGAUUCAAAUCACUUGAAGGUGUUUGCAAGGAAAUGA